UGACACACAGGUCCUUGACGAAGACUAGAGUUUCUCUCACUAACGGGUACUCCACCAAGACUCGAGUUUCACUGACAAAGGUACUCGACAAAGCCUCGAGUUUCACCGACUCACUGAGACUUGAUAAAGAUUCAAGUUUCACUGACUUCGGAGUACUCAAUGAAGACUAAAGAUUCACUGACACACAGGUCCUUGACGAAGACUAGAGUUUCUCUCACUCACGGGUACUCCACCAAGACUCGAGUUUCACUGACUCUCGCAUACUCAACAAAGACUUGUGUUCCACUGAGUCUGGAGUACUCGAUGAAGACGCUCACGUACUCGUCCUUUUUGGAACUAAAACCGAGGUUGCAGUGUAAUUCUUAGCUGUAGGGUGUAGGGUGUGUGAGGAUGGAAUAUUUUCCACUUUGGAGGGUCACCAUCAUAUUCCAUCUUAACACGUUUGGGCACUUCAUUAUAAAUGAAAGAGUACAGGGCAAACGUACUAGUUUGUUACGUGCAAUACUGUCUGAAAACAGAGAGUUUAUGAUAACUGAGGGAAAAAUUUUGAGACGAAAAUUGAAUCAUAAGAAAACUGGGGCCUACGAAAAUGGAGGUUUGACUGCAUAUUUUUUGGUCUUUUUGGUCACACUUUACAAUAACAUAUACAAAAAUACAGUAGUUACUGAGGAACUAACAAAGAACUAAUGAAGAACUAAUGAGUAACUAAUGACUAAGGCACAAAUUUAGACUAGUUACUGAGGAACUAAUGAAGAACUAAUGAGGAACUAUUGUGUAAAGUAGUUACUAAGGAAGUAAUGAAGAACUAAUGAGGAACUAUUGUGUAAAGUAGUUACUGAGGAACUAAUGAAGAACUAAUGAGGAACUAAUGAGUAGUGGUUAAGGUUAGGUAGGUUCGUUCCUCAUUAACUACUGUAAUUUUGUGUACCUUAUUGUAAAGUGUUACCUCCUUUUUUAUUGCAAUCUACCGGUUGUUAUUUCACUCAAAUUGAAAAUGCUGUCCUUUGCUGUCUUUGAUUUGAUAUUGUCGUCAGAUUUGGGCCUUAAAAAAGAGGGGUUAUCUUAUACGUAGGUAUUAGGUAUUGUUGCACUAUGCCAAACCAUUUGAUCAUUUUUACACAAAUUAAUACGGGAAGGACUCAAAAAGAUUUCACAAACCUCACUUCUGUUUGUGGUAUUCUGUUGAAUAAAUUAUAAACAAGACUAAAACUCUUGCUACGUUUGCAUCUCCAGACUAUUUUUCUUGGGUAUAAGUGGGGGCAGAAUGGCUCUUUUGAUAGUGAAGGUUGCCGACCCCUGCCCUAGAUGGACCAAAUCAAUAUGAAGCAAACAGUAGAACAGUUAGUGGUUUGGUCCGCAACGUAUCAGAAAAGAGGCAUAAUGCCCAUCACUCCUUUCCAAAGUCAAAGCUGAUGUGUGUGAAUAUCUUGUUUGGGCUAAAACACAAAGAUAAUAGGUAUGCUUUCAAGGAUGACAAAGGAAAUUCAAAAAUAUUCACAUUUGAGAGGCUGAAAUCACAGGAUAUUUGCGUAUUUAAAUGAAAAAAACAUGAAUCGAUUACCAAAAUAAUUGUUGAUUAAUUGGGUAAUCGAUGAACCAUUGACUAAUCAAUUCAUUGUUGCAACUCUAUCUCAAUGUGAAGGUUGGUUGAAGGAGGCAUUCCCAAGAAGUGGUGUUUGGUCAUGGAUUGCACAGGAUGAUAGGAACUCUGGAUGUGACCUUAAUUAAGACUCUGGGGCUGCCCUCUGGCUGACCUUCUUGUUAUGAAAUGCACUUUCUGUCUUACUGGAAACCCUGCGAUGACAUGCCAAGAGGCACGGCUGUGUCCAAUUCACCAGUGUUGCGGAUUAAUGGCUGUUUGAUCAAGUUCAAAGGCAGAGCUGCCCGGGAUAAAGUCAUUAAGCGCAGCGCCAAAAGACGUCUGGGCCAGACUGGUGCUCUCUACGUGGAAACACUUGAAAUAGUGUGACUUCGUGUAACGUUUUAAGCCCACAGACAUUAUAAUAAUCUAUAGUGAUUAUGUAUUGCGUUCACGACAAAGAACAGAAUGAAUAGACUCCCCAUCGGUAUACAAACCUACACUUGGUUUUCCAGGGAGAAGCUUAUAACGUUGAUGUUUGAUGCGUGGAUGGCAGGGAGUGUGUUUUUAUCGUCUAGUGUUCGGCAGUCGCCGAGCAUCUCGCUUUGGACGGGAAUAGCAACACUGUCUUCAACGUCACUGUGAAAAGUUCUGCAUAAUUCUUGAAAACGUACAAGUUCGUCUAUCCCGAGAAGACAUUAGUUGGACAUACUUUUCUGUAUUUUCAAUAAUUUUUUGUGAAGAAAUUGUUUGGAAGAUGUCACUAAGUACAGCGCUGGACCUCUGAUAGGAAGCAGGGAGGUCCGGAACUUGGAAGUGCCUACCUUGUUAUGCUAUUCUUAAGUCCCGCCCAUGCAGGGGCGUCACCUUUUCCUGAGUGGUUCAGUAUGUGACUAUGUGUCUGCAUCUAACUGGUUCCGACUAGUCUCAAUCAAGGGUGUGGGUGUCUGUUUUCUACGUGUGCAAGCAGCUGCAAGCUUGAUAAGGUUGCCAAGGAACCUGUCUGUGCAAAAUUCAAGUAACAGUGCAUCCAUUGUUUAAUUCUAUGCUACUUCUAUUGUCUAAUUCUAGUCAACUCUUAGCAAAAUGCAACGAACACUCAGUGAGAAACCUUUUAGUUUUAUUUUUGAAACUGCCUUUAUUGUGUGCAUUUGUUUCUCAAACUGGGAUAAAGGGACCCCCAAUGGUCUACGAGCCCUAGUUUGGGGGUCCGUGAAUGAAGUAUUGUUAAAAAGGGCGUAACCAUGAGUAGGAACCACUGGGCCCAUAAAAGAAACAGUGAGCCGAUAACUUUCACAUGAACUACUACUACUUGAACUUUAAGUACCUAACUUUUUAUAAAACACGUGCCUGCCCACAAGGCUUGCUGGGAAGCCAGAGCACUCCCGGUGGAAUACCUGAGGCAGCCCAGCCUCACCCAGACUCUACUUCCAGCAGUCCCCAGCAGCACUCAGCGUGUCACAGAGGAGGAGGAAAGACCAAGCAGAGAAGAAGAAAGGAGGAAGACUGAUAAGAGGAGAAUAAGUCUGGGGUCUUCUCAUGACACUCUUGGAUAAACAAGCAUUGGACUGAAUUUGCAAAAAGAAGAAGAAGAAGAGGACUUUCCGAGUGUGUAACCAGUGGAGGGCAGAGGAGUGGAGGGCCAGGGGACGAACCUGGCCAUCAAACGGACUGGAAGCCUCUCCUCUCCAGGGAUCAUGUACCCUCAGGGCAGGCAUCCGGUCCCCUUGCAACCUGGCCAGUCUUUCAAGUUCACCGUCCUGGAAACGCUGGACCGGAUCAAGGAGGAAUUCCAGUUCCUCCAGGCCCAGUAUCACAGCCUGAAGCUGGAGUGUGAGAAGCUGGCCAGCGAGAAGACGGAGAUGCAGCGGCACUACAUCAUGUACUACGAAAUGUCCUACGGUCUGAACAUUGAGAUGCACAAACAGGCGGAGAUUGUGAAGCGUCUCAGUGCCAUCUGCGCUCAGAUCAUCCCUUUCCUCUCUCAAGAGCACCAGCAACAGGUGGUCCAAGCAGUGGAGCGGGCCAAGCAGGUCACCAUGGCAGAACUCAAUGCCAUCAUUGGGCAGCAGCAGCUCCAGCACCUGUCCCACCACGCCCCAGGCAUCCCCCUCACGCCCCACCCAUCCGGGUUGUCUCUGGGUGCGGGCGGCUCCGGGCUUCUGGCGCUAACAGGGGCAUUGGGGGUGUCGGCGCACCUCGCCUCCAAAGAUGAGCGAAACCACCUUGACACGGAACAUCUGCGAGAGGGAGCGCCCAGCAGGAGUAAGUCGGUGUCGUCGACAGACAGUCAGCCCCCUGAAGAGCGUCAGGGGCCAUCAGGUGGCUACGCCUCGUCGCAGGGGGGAGGCGAGGCCAAGAGACGACGCUGUGAUGACAAAGAGCCCCUCCCACCGCACUCAUAUGACAGCGAUGGAGACAAAAGUGAGGACAAUCUGGUCGUGGACGUAUCCAAUGAGGAGCCAAACUCUCCAUCGGGAAGCCCACCUCAUUCUCCUCGAGGGAACGGUUUGGACCGGGCUCCUGCCCUGAGGAAAGACCUCCCAGGCUCUUCAGGCCCAGCAGAGACACCCACCACCCCAAACUCCUGUAGCCCCGCCCCAGGAAAGGCCAAAGAUCCUGCACAGAUGGACAAGUCCCAGUCGCCGUUGUCCAAGUCCAGCACCCCAUCCCCAUCCCACCGUGAGGCACUUACCCCAGGAGCUCCCGGAGCGCCAGGUCCGAGCACUUCCUGCCUUCGUCUGGUCAGCAAAGCGGCGUCCGCGGCGGACCCGCUCGCGCUCCGCAGCCCCAUGUCUGUGCCCCCCGGUUCAUACCCGGCUCAUUUUGGCGUGGUGUCCCACGCAGGACUGAACGGCGAGCUAGCCAGCCCGGGAGGGUUUGGCGGGGCUUUGACUCUCUCGCCCCAAAUCAGCGCAGCGGCCAGCGCCUACUCCCGAAGCCCCAUGGUGGCUUACGACUCUCGGUCUCACCUGAGGGCUUCAGGCAUGUCGUCCUCUCUGCCGGGUUCGUCUGGUGGCAAACCGGCCUACUCGUUCCACGUGAGCGCAGACGGGCAGAUGCAGCCGGUGCCCUUCCCCCCCGACGCCCUGCUGGGCCCGGGCAUCCCUCGCCACGCCCGGCAGAUCCACAGCCUGAGCCACGGCGAGGUGGUGUGCGCCGUCACCAUCAGCGCCUCCACGCGCCACGUCUACACGGGAGGCAAAGGCUGCGUCAAGGUGUGGGACAUCAGCCAGCCUGGCAGCAAGACUCCUAUGGCCCAGCUGGACUGUCUGAACAGGGACAACUACAUCCGUUCCUGUAAGAUCCUCCCUGACGGGCGGACCUUGAUUGUGGGCGGCGAGGCCAGCACGCUGUCCAUCUGGGAUUUAGCCACACCGACCCCUCGCAUCAAGGCAGAGCUGACGUCGUCGGCCCCGGCCUGCUACGCUCUGGCCAUCUCUCCCGACAACAAGGUGUGCUUCUCCUGCUGCAGCGACGGAAACAUCGUGGUCUGGGACCUGCACAACCAGACCCUGGUCAGGCAGUUCCAAGGCCACACAGACGGAGCCAGCUGCAUCGACAUCUCCAACGAUGGCACCAAGCUGUGGACGGGAGGACUGGACAACACGGUUCGCUGCUGGGACCUUCGAGAGGGACGCCAGCUGCAGCAGCAUGACUUCACCUCACAGAUCUUCUCUCUGGGUUACUGUCCCACCGGCGAGUGGUUGGCUGUGGGAAUGGAGAGCAGCAACGUGGAAGUCCUGCACGUCUCCAAGCCUGACAAGUACCAGCUGCACCUUCACGAGAGCUGCGUUCUCUCGCUCAAGUUUGCAUACUGUGGCAAGUGGUUUGUGAGCACAGGAAAAGACAACCUGUUGAAUGCGUGGAGGACCCCGUACGGAGCAAGUAUUUUUCAGUCCAAGGAGUCGUCAUCGGUGCUGAGCUGUGACGUCUCUCCGGACGACAAGUACAUCGUGACGGGCUCCGGGGACAAGAAGGCCACGGUGUACGAGGUGGUGUACUGAGAGCUGCGGGACGGGAGGAGACCGGGCGGCGACUCUGGGAUGCUUUUCUUUUGAUUUUAUACCAGAAGGGUGGAGAGGGCAGCCGGUUGCCUUGACGACCGCAUCAGCAGCCCGGUCCUCUCGACCCUCGCACGUCACACCUUCUUCACCCGCCCAGCCUCAAGAUAGCGGAGGAGCGUGUGUGCGGAAAGAAUGUCAAUGAAAUUGGGGGUGGGGGUUGGCUAAUUAGGGUUCUUUCCUGAUUAAGAGCUCAGCUGGGGGGGGGGGCAGAGGAGGCAUGGAGCGCUGCUGAGGGCGAGCCAGGCAGGAGCGUUGAUAGCGCACCAUCGAUUCAUUAGGCAGACAGAGGAGGCUUUAAUGAGGAUGAUGCCGAGAGGUGUCACGAGCCGGGGGGGGGCACACGCCAAGGUGCACGCCACCAGGCAAGAAAACACACACACUCCCCUCCAGGUCAGUGAGGGAAAACACACACUAAUUAAAGAGCGAGCACAGCAUCCUUACUUAAUAUCUCUUUUAUUUGCUUCAGACAAAAGGCAGCGUCUAAUGAGGAGCAGCGUCUCCCAGGACACACACACACACACGCACACACACACACACACACACACACGCACACACGCACACACAAGGACAUCACACAGGCCUCUUAAUUCCUCCAGAUUGUUCUCCUGACAGCCACAACAUCGCACACACGCUCAUUAAAGGCUGCGAGAUGAAGCCGAGCCACACACCCAACCCCACCCCAACAUGAAAUGUUAUGCAACUUGUCGCUCUAUGUGUGUGUGUGUGUGUGUGUGUGUGUGUGUGUGUGUGUUUUGCAUCAAUAGCCUGCUCGUGUGAUCCCAGUGAAUAUUUCUUUGAUACUAUUUUCUAUUGAUUGACAAGUGUACAUCUGUGCUUCACAUGCUAACACUCUUUUGCUUUCUUUUGUCAAACGACUGCCUGUCCAACUAACGUACCUUUUAUGUGUUCAAGGUUGCCUGCCACUGUGCUGCAAAACACAAGCAAGGUGUAAACAUCUAAAAGCGUCCUUGGAGUCUUUGGUGAUGGUGGGGGUGGGGGGUGUACAGUACAGCAUCACCACAAGACUUUGUUGCUUUUUUGUGCUUUCCAAGAUCGCUUUUUAGUCCUGAGCGUCAUCUCAUGACAAUCUAGUAGGAUUUUAAAGAAAACGUCAUGAAAAUCCCUCGUUCAUCGCGCUUUAUUGACCCGGCAGCGUUAAAUGAAUUUAUAUGUGAUUCAGUGUUAAUAAGUGGGAUAUUUUGCUAGUUAGAGCAUGGAAAACCUGUUUAUCACUUUCUAAAUACGGGUUUUAAAUGUGUUCGAGCCUUGUAGACAUGAAAGAACAGCCCAAUAGUCACCUCUACACGCCUGUUGUUCUCAUUGCUCAGGUUACAGGAUCACUGCAGGGACAGAACAGACGGCCGCUGCUAGCAUAGCAAGCUAGCUAGUUAGCCUCUUCAAUUAAAUUGUCCUAAGCCUACAAAAGGUGUUUCAAACCGAGUGGGAACCUGUUUAUGACUUUCUAAAUAUGUUUUUAACAUUAUCAGAGCAUUAGAGCCCCCUAACAGUUACUUUCACACGAUUAUUCUGUGUUUACGUCACAUUGCUUAGGCUAUGGGAUCCAUGCAGGGACAUAACGGACGGCUGCCGCCAGCAUAGCAACGAGCAAACUAGUUAGCCUCUUCAAUUGUUGUAAAGUUAAAAGCAACUUUCCCAAUAUGGGUUUUACCAUUCAUAGUAGACAUGAAAUUACACCCCAAUAGUCCCUUUUUAAACUCCUAUUCUUCUUCACUUACUUGUCAGGCUAUGGGAUCACUGCAGGGACAUAACAGACUGGCGGCGUUAGCAUAGCAAGCUAGCAAACUAACUAGUUAGCCUCUUCAAUUAACAUAUCUCCCCCCCACGCCCAAUUUAUUUAUUCUAAUCUGAAGAAAUUGUUUGAAAUUAUUGACAAUGUUUUUUGUUGGCCUUAUAACAGUUUCCUAUGAGAAAUAAUGAAAAUAGAUACACUGUAUAGACCUGAUAGGACAGCCCUUUUAACUGCCAUACAUGAAUCUUUCAAGAUUCAAGAGAGUUUUAUUGUCAUAUGCAUGGUAAAACAGCAGUUAUACUAUGCAAUGAAAAUCUUAUUCUGUUCAUUCUCCCAAGAAAAGAAAGAAAACACAAGAAAGAAUAAGAACAUAAGAAACAUAAACACAUAAACAUAAAUACCAAGAAAUUAAGCAACAACAACAGAAGAGACAUAUUCCACUAUAAAACCCUCAUUAUGGGUUUAAGAUAAUGACAAAAAAUUGUUUUGUGUGGACCUUGUAACAAAGUUUCCUCUCAGAAAGUAAGGAAAUUAGAUAUACUGUAUCGACCCGAUAGGUCGUCCUGUCAGACCCUUUAACUGUCAUAUGUACAUAUUUGCACUAUAAAACCCUCAUUAUGAGUUUAAAAUGAUUACAAUUUUUUGUGGACUUUGUAACAAAGUUUCCUAUCAGAAAUAAGGAAACUUGAUAUACCAUAGUGACCCGAUAGGAUGACCCCUUUUAACUGUCAUACAUACAUAUUUCCAUUAUAAAACCCUCAUUAUGAGUUUGAAAUUAUGACAAUUUUUUUUUUUGUGGAUUUGUUUCCUGUAAGAUAUCAUGAAAAUAUACUGUGUUGAACCCGAUAGGACAGCCCCCUUUAACUGCCAUACAUAUUUCCACUAAAAAACUUUCAUUGAGUUUACAAUUAUGACAAAAAAAGUGUUUUUUGUUUCUUAUCAGAGGUAAUGAAAAUUGAUAUUGAUAUACCAUAUUGACCCGAUAGGACAGCUUGCUUUUUAACAAGGUUUUUAAGUGCAAGUGUAAAAAGAAGUUAGGCACUGUAUCAUAAAACUAUGAUUUUCAGGCGUAGGAGGAGGAGCCCUGAGGCUUUUUGUUGUUGUUGUUUUAACGGCCGUGCAAGUGGAAGAAGAAGUGAAGCGCCGUACAGUGGAACUGUACAAACGUUGUUGUCCUGAGCAGCUGCGCCGUGGUCGUAAGCUCCCUGCAUGAAAACCAAAGAAACACUCGUGGAUGCUCUGUGAGCCGAAGUCGUCGCUCCAGAUUCCAAAUGGAACGUUGAUUCUUGCGUUGCGUCCUAAGUUUUCGUAUGAUUUCCUACUAAAUUCUUGUGAGGAUGUCGCCAUCAAGGGGUCCCGCUUGGGAACGCUUUCAUUUCCUUUUUCCUUUCAAAGGCCAAGGAAGCUGUGUCGCCCACUGCACUGUCUUCCCUCCCAUGUGCUGUACAAAUACUACAUGAUGUGUGGAAAAUAAACCUACCUUGUGCUCAUC